CAGCUCUAGCUCUGCGGACAGUCACACAGACCUGCACAGCGAGCACAGCUACGCCGAGCUAGCAGCAAAAGCUGAGAAGUAAAAACUAAAGAGGUAAAGACUCAAGUAUCGCAGUAGUAUAGCGGUAGGAGUAGAGCCAGAGGCUUGUCGUCGUGCUGCUGCUUCCUGCCUUCGACCAGACUAUGUCAUCCUGAGUACCUACACUGAAGCGUUUCCUCGGCGAAGCAAGCUAGAAUUUAUUUAUGGCGAAGCAAGCUAGAAUUUAUUUGUGGCGAAGCAAGCUAGAAUUUAUUUGUGGCGAAGCAAGCUAGAAUUUAGUUGUGGCGAAGCAAGCUAAAAUUUAUUUGUGGCGGACCAAGCUAGAAUAUAUUUGUGGCGAAGCAAGCUAGAAUUUAUUUGCACAAUCUUACUACUAGUAUUUGCCUCUACGUGACUAGAACAUAGUGGUCAGAACAGGCCGGUUAUUGGCAAGCGUCGUGCCUAGUCCGUAAGUAACGUACUUAUGAAGAGAUGCAGCAGGUCGCUAUUUCUACCUUCAAAUGCUACAUCUGUGGAAGAGGAUAGGUUUCUAGCGCGUUCACGGAUUUAUUCAGACAUGGACUUGGAAGAAAGGUGGCUAAGGAUUUCCGGACGAGGCAGCAAGGACGGCCCAAGUGGCGGCAAGUGACAACCAAGCACUGUCGAGAUCUUGCUGAGUCCAUCGGCUCUUGCCGCUCCCUGUCUGUGUAACACAGCUAACUUCAUGUGCCCACCAUGUAACUCCUGCACUUUUGUUGAGCAAAUGGUUCGUUUCAAUGGUCUUCACUCUCAAGUGAGGGGUUGGAUUUUACUGCCAGCUGCUGCAACUGCUGUUGGUGCCAUUGCCACUGCUGCCAUUGCCACUGCUGCUGCUGCUGCCUCCACUGCUGCCAUUGCCACUGCUGCUGCUGCCUCCACUGCUGCCUCCACUACUGCUGUUGCUGCUGUUGCUGUUGCUGCUGUCUCCACUGCUGCCAUUGCCACUGCUGCUGCUGCCUCCACUGCUGCCUUCACUGCUGCCUCCACUGCUGCCUUCACUGCUGCCUCCACUACUGCUGUUGCUGCUGUUGCUGUUGCUGCUGUCUCCACUGCUGCUGCCCCCACUGCUGCUGCCUUCACUGCUGCUGCCUCCACUGCUGCUGCCUCCACUGCUGCCUCCACUGCUGCCUCCACUGCUGCCAUUACCACUGCUGCUGCUGCCUCCACUGCUGCUUCCACAGCUGCCUCCACUGCUGCCUUCACUGCUGCCUCCACUACUGCUGUUGCUGCUGUUGCUGUUGCUGCUGUCUCCACUGCUGCUGCCUCCACUGCUGCUGCCUCCACUGCUGCCUCCACUGCUGCUAUUGCCACUGCUGCUGCUGCCUCCACUGCUGCCUUCACUGCUGCCUCCACUACUGCUGUUGCUGCUGUUGCUGUUGCUGCUGUCUCCACUGCUGCUGCCUCCACUGCUGCUGCCUCCACUGCUGCCAUUGCCACUGCUGCUGCUGCCUCCACUGCUGCCUUCACUGCUGCCUCCAUUACUGCUGUUGCUGUCUCCAUUACUGCUGUUGCUGUCUCCUCUGAUGCUUCCACUGCUGCAGCUGUUGCUGCUGUCACUGGUGAUGCCCCCACUGCAGCUGCUGCUUGCACUGCAGCUGCUACCUUCCACUGCAGCUGCUGCUUGCACUGCAGCUGCUACCUUCCACUGCUGCUGCUGCCCUCACUGCUGCUGUUGCUACUGCCACCACUGGUAGUGCUGGCAACUUUUCUUUCUUCAUGAU